AUGGCAAGAGUUGGUAGAGGAAUGCAAGCAUGCUUGUCAUGGAUUAGUGAAAGAGAUGGUCGUGUACCUUCGAAUGCAAUAGAAACAGGUGAUGGAGUUUAUAUAGGUCGUAUGUUUCAUUCCGGUGAUUUGAUACCUGGAAAAGUUGUACCAAAUUUGGGUAAAGCUUAUGCCAGUUUUGGUGGUAAAGAAUAUGAAUUCAACUCAUAUGAAGUAUUGUGUGAUACAAAAUUACCUCAUUGUAAUCAACAUUGUUAUAAAUGGGAACGUGAUUGUGAUGGACACGUUCCAAAAUAUGCUGUUGUUGGCGGUAUGACUUCUUACAAUGAGCCAUUAUAUAUUGCUCGACAACAUAUUGAUGGAGAACGUGUUGUCGGAAAGGUUCAUGAAGGCCAUGAAUGUGCAUAUUUCCCAUAUGGUGGUGAAGAGAGAAAACUACAUCAUUAUGAAGUCCUUGUCUUAAUAAAAUAA